AUGUGGCAUCCAAAUAUCACGGGCCACGCCGAAGGAUUGGAAACUAUCUCUUCCACAAAUCCGAUGGCAAAGGUUGGACCGACUGAGAAAAAGCAAAAAGGUAAACUCAGAUCUGGUCCGACUAACUCUAAUAAUCAAAGAAGGGCUGGCACUCGAUUUUCUAAUAAUCCAAAUAUGCAGGCCCAACCUCAUGUCUCUACCCAAUCUUCACCAGUUCCUGGAGUUGCAGUAGGAUCAUUGUCCAUUCCAACAUCAGGCUCGAGUUCUCUUGGGAUUGCUGGUUUAAACUCUCCAUCGGUGAAUUCCAUGGGAGUUCCUGGGAACAUUUUGGCUGCUCCUCCUAUUAACCAACCUUCUCAAGGCCAAACUAUGUCUUAUAGAAACACGAAAAAGAUACCUAUAGAUCGCUCUAAAUUUCAUCCGAGUAUAUCUAAUUUGGCUGGUGCCAUUAUUGGGGUUUCAGGAUCAAAUCAAAAAUGGAUGGAACAGGAAAGUGGUGCCCAGGUUCAAAUUUUGGGGACAACCGGCAAUGAUCCGGAGGGUCUCCAUAUACUAGUGCGUUAUAAUGAACCUUGUGAAUUGGAAAUUGUGGAAGCAAUCAUUGAGGAGAUAGGAAGAGCAACUUUUGAAGGAGGUGGGGGAUUUAUCUCUCACAUUUUGCCAAAUAGAAAACCCGUUUCCCCAACUCUAAACGGAAUGCAGGGUAAUAUGGUUGUAUCUGGAACUCUUCAAGACCAUACAUCUGGAAUAAAAAAACAGAUGAUGGGAAAUAAUAUGGUAAUUGGGGGAGUGCCACCUCUCCCUCCCAAUUAUUCUUCGCCUCAACAACCUAUCUAUAAUACUAUGUCUGCUAGUAUUGGAAUGGGAUUUAUUCCUAGAGGAGGAAUCGUUGCCCCUGUUCAAAUAGAGUGGCCGAAAACUCCUCCAGCUUCACCAGUUGAGUUUGAAUGGCUUUUACAUCUAGUAAUACAUUCUGCUCUUAGCCAAUUGGGACCUAUGGUUAGCCAUGGAGUUCCUAUGAUUCAUAUUCCAAUGCUAUAUGACACCUUUACUAGUUUCCGUUUCGAGCAUGAUGCAACUUCAUUCUUUCAAUCUUAUAUAAUUCAAAAUGGACUAUUGGGUUUGAUUCAAGCCUUACCUCACAUUUUUAUAGAAGGUCCUCAUACCAUAAUAGAUUCUUCGAAUAUUCCAAAGUUGUCUCCAAUUUUUAAAGUUAAUCUCUCAUCAGGAGUUACCCCACUAUUACUUCCAGCUCAAUCUGUGACAGUUUCAUUUGCAGACUUCAAGCUAGCUGCAGAAGCAUUUUGGAAGAUGGGAGCAUUGCCACCAACUUUUUCCGGCUUUGGGCCACAACUUCCACAAAACAUAAAUGGAACAGGUGGUUCUUCAGGAGUAACAGGUACGGGACCAACUGGAACCAUUUCCGACAAUAUAUAUAAUACUAGUAGUAUUGUAUCCGCAAAUCAGCAUCCAAGACAACAUCAAAGCAAAGAUUUACCAGGUUCAUCUACUGGGGAAAAUGAACCCACAAUUAACUCCACGUUAGGAGGUAAUAACAAAAUUAAGAAAGAUCAGGGCGCUAAUGGUAACUUAAAUGCAAAUUCUAAUCAACAUACGAAAGGAUCUUCUUUAAUAUCUGAUGAUGAUGAUACAUAUGGAAUUGAUAAAUCAAAUUCUAGAAAUGGUAUGAACAAUAAUGGGAUUUCUUCAGUAGCUCUCUCGUCUCAUUCAUCAACUACUACUACAUCUUCAGCAACAACAUCUUUAUCGAGUUUUGGUAAGGAUAACAUACCUCAAACAUCUUUAAUGAUAGUUUUACAAGGAGUUCACUUUCUGUUACGAAGAUGGAUAAGCAAACGAUUGGCCCCUCACUACAUCCCAAAAAGUUCAUUGGACUUUCUUCCUUUGGAUAUUCUCGAGAGCGAAUUUUCGCAGUUUUAUGAAGUUCCUUUAAAUAUUGAAAUACUUGGUUGGACAAAUUUACUGCAUUUUGUAGAAGCAUUUCCCGAUGUUUGGACCGUUGAAAAUGUUGGGCCAGAUGAGUUUACUUUGAUUCCGCUUCCUUAUCCUGACUUCUCAAUGAUUGCCAAGACCAGGGGUAUUACGAAGCUUAACCAUGGAAAACUUUAUGAUUCAAAACCUGAAUCUAAAACUUUCGCUCUAUCUGUCCAAGGCUCUUCUCUGGCAAAUAUCCACAAAAGUGGAGGAUCACUAGAUAAUAUUCAAACAAUUGUCAAGCAAACACAGGACUUUGUGACAGAAGCUAUUGCUUCAGGAUAUCCUGCAAAUUCUUUGGAAAUUAAUUCUAUAAAUGAGAUAAUCAAUGGAGUGACAAUUGGGCUUUAUUCUUUAGACAACAACACAAGUUCAUCUUUGUAUGAACUGGUAACCAAAGUUACAAACCUCCUCCCUAAAUAUUCAUCUAAUCCUGUCUCAAAUGUGAGUACCAACUUAACUAACAAGCCAAUUGGUGGAAGUAUCAGUAAGUCCCGUUUUGAUAAUGCAUAUAAAGGAUCAAGUAGUAUGGGUUCCAUGAAUGGUUUACCAAAAGGGAUCAAAUCCUCUGUACUUCAGCAGCAGCCUCACUCAUUACAACUGCCACCGGCUUAUACAUCUGGCCAUAUUUCUGCUGUAAAUGAAAAAUCUAUUUUGGGAGGACCAGGACACCAUAAUUCUUCGGCAGUUGCACCUGUUGCCACAUCCAGAUUUAACAGUGUAAAUCUCAAGAAUGAAAUAAGAUACGAUGUUGGAGCUUUGCAGCCCAUAUCUACUCACAAUCCACAUAAUAUUAAUCAACAUGCUCCCCAUCAGACGAAUGCUCAAGUACCUAAUAGCAAUCUUUCAACUGGAAGAUCAGUUAAUGGUGGACAAUCAAAACGUGUGUUUUCCAACCAAUGUGCAGGAGCCGGUAAUAACAACAGUAAUGUUGGGGCUGGCAAGGGCCCUAAGCAGCUAACAGCAGGACAAGAACAACGUUCAUAUCCGCUAUUUGACCAACAAGGUAAUAAUCCAUCUUCAGAGUUUGUAAAUCUCCAGAAUACUUCAUCUCAUAUUCAUUCUGGCCAAAAUACAUUUGGAAUGCAGGAAACUGAUGGAAAUAAUAUUCAUAACUAUUACCAUCAUCCAAUAGACGGAAAUUCCCACUUUUCUUCUUAUAAUGGGGGUGUUUCAGGUAUUAGCAAUGGUAUUUCGGGUUCAUGUCACUAUGAUUAUCACUCAUUUGGAGUUCAACCCGCAAAUUCAACAUUUAUCCAACCUUCUCAAAAUCACACUAUAAAUAAUGCGCAUUUCUCCAAGUCUGUGGGAAUUCCUCCAAACCAAACUAUUAAUAAUAAUGGUAACAAUGGAAAUAAUAUCUUGUUGUCUUUAUCUAACUCUACAGGCGUAGUAUCCAAUAGAUCCAGCUGGGAUCGUAAAAAUAAAUCAAAAAACAAUUAA